GUGACUGCACCCCCGCCCAGUAUGGCAGCCUCCCCGCUCCCACCGCCAGAUCCCCAGUUUGUCCUCCGAGGUACCCAGUCGGCGGUGCAUGCGCUGCAUUUCUUCGGAGGAGCCCAAGGACAGGGGCGCCCACUCCUCCUCUCAGGGUCCCUGAGUGGGCUGGUGCACAUCUGGAGCCUGCAGACGCGGAGGGCGGUUGCUACGCUGGACGGCCAUGGGGGCAAGUGUGUGACCUGGCUGCAGACACUGCCCCAGGGGCACCUGCUCCUCAGUCAGGGCCGGGACCUGACGCUGCGCCUAUGGGACCUGGCAGAGGGCAGAAACGCCAUCGUGGACUCUGUGCCCGUGGAGAGCAUGGGCUUCUGCAGGAGCUCCGUCCUAGCCAGGGGUCAGGAGCGCUGGAUACUGGCCAUGCCGGGGAGAGGUAGUGAUGAGGUUCAGAUUCUGGAGAUGCCAUCCAAGACGUCAGUGUGCACCCUGAAGCCGGAGGCAGAUGCCAAGCCGGGCAUGCCCAUGUGCCUGGAGCUGUGGCAGGCCGACUCCAGUCCCCGCCCACUCCUCCUGGCUGGCUAUGAGGACGGAUCGGUGGCCCUGUGGGACGUCUCUGAGCGGAAGGUGUGCAGCCGCGUCGCCUGCCACCCGGAGCCCGUCAUGGGCUUUGACUUUGACUCCCAGAAGGCCAGGGGCGUCUCGGGCUCCGCGGAGAAGGCGCUGGCUGUCUGGAGCCUGGAUGAGCAGCAGGCCCUGCAGGUGUGCAGAACUCACAAACUCACCAAUCCUGGGAUCGCUGAUGUCAAGAUCCGGCCAGACCGCAAGAUCCUGGCCACUGCAGGCUGGGACCAUCGUGUCCGUGUGUUUCACUGGUGGACGAUGAAGCCACUGGCCGUACUGUCCUUCCACAGUGCCAUCAUCCACUGCGUGGCCUUUGCCACUGAUGGCUUGCUGGCCGCAGGGUCCGGGGAUCAGCGCAUUAGCAUCUGGUCGCUCUACCCGAUCCGCAGCGACACAUCCACUCCCUCGUUGGGACACGCAGAGGGCAGGGAGGUGGGCACCCAGGCUUUGGCCUGA